AUGCCUCUCUUAAUCCUAACCGGCUACCCCUGCUCGGGGCUAACCCACCGCGCGAACCAACUCGCAACAGGCCUCCAAGAAACCCAAGAAGCCGUGUUCCCCGACGCCGAAAAACCGCCCUACAAAAUCCACGUCGUAUCAACACAUGAUGAAAACCGCCCGCGCACAGUCUACGACCAUGCGCGCACGGAGAAGGAAGCCCGCGGCGCGGCGUACGCGCGGGCGCGCCGUAUGCUGGGAAAGGACAGUUUCGUGAUUCUUGACGGCAUGAAUUAUAUCAAGGGGUAUCGGUAUCAGUUAUGGUGUGAGGCGAAGGCGUUGGGGACGACGUGCUGUGUUGUCCACGUCGGAACACCAAUCGACCAAUGCGUCGCGAACAACGAAGCCCGGCUUAAUCGCCAGUCUCAAUCUCAAUCGGAACCUGAACCUGAAUCCCAAUCCCAAUCCGAAACAACAACACCUGCUACAGAUACAAAUACAACUACCGAGAAACCCACAGACCCAGAGCAGCCCUACCCACCCGAGCUUCUCCAAAACCUCAUCUUCCGGUACGAAGAACCAUCCACACACAGCAGAUGGGACAAGCCCCUAUUCACCGUCCCCUGGAGCGACGAAAAACCCCCAAUCGCCGACAUCUGGACCGCCCUAACAGGCAUCCCGCCCCCUUCAACAGCUGCCGCCGAGACCGAGGACCAACUCCCAACCCUAACCUCAGCACUCACAAACACUCACCUCUCCUCCGCCGCGUCGAUAGCGCCCUCAACAACAACCAAAGGAGGGGGAUCCUUCCGCCGCGAACGCCCGAAGAUAAAACCCCACCUUGCUACCGUGCAGCCGACCUCUACCGAUUCGGGACUUCUCUAUAGUAUGGAGAAGCGGACGUCGGCGGUGGUAUCUGCGAUUCGGAGCUUCGUGGUCGAGAAUCCGUCUGCGGAAGGUGCGUUGGCGAAGGCCGGGGAUCAUGCGGAUGGGAUUAGGAUUGCUGUGCCGGAGGUGGAAACGCCGGUGUUCGUACCGGCGCAUGUGGCGAUGACGGCGACGACGGAUGAGCUUGGUGGUGCUGGGGGGAUUCUGGCGGUGCCCAGGUUACAGAGGUUGAGGAGGCAGUGGAUUACGUUGAAUCGGGCAUAUGUGGCGAAAGUGGCCGGGGGAGAUAAGACAAGUCUGGGGGCGGAUCAGGUUGGGGAUGCGUUUGUGAGGUUCUUGAAUGCGGAUUUUGCAGGAGAGGGGGUUGCUUGA